GCCGAGGUUUCCACAUACGGCCCCGAACGAUGUGUACAGGGUUCCGAGACACCAAACGGGCGCCCGGCAUGCCCGGCCACGUGCCUACCGCAUCACAGCCCACCCGUCGGGUCAGCGCUCCGCAUGGCCUCCAGCAUAUUAAAAACACCAGAAACUACUUGCAAUUCCUGGACAGAGGACAAUGGUAGUUAAGAAGCUGAGAGAGUCAAUUAAGGAUCCCAAUGUGUGGUAGUAGCUGAUCAUGGAUCACAAAUACAGAACUCAGUUCCUAAGGACGGCUUCAAUGAAACAACCCACCAUGUACUCCUACAUGGCCUCUCAUCGAUAUCUUUACCAAAUCGUCCAGAUGAAACAACCCACCAUGCAUAGUCCAGAUGAAGAGGCCGGGGAUCAUCCUCCCUUUCUAAAAAAAAGGACUUCAUCAAAUUUUUUUGUUGUAGGUAGUAACUCUCUGUCCGAGCAUUAAUGUUUUCGGGUCAUCUAUGCUGUUUACGUUUAUGAUGAUGUCUGCGGAUUUCUGUUAUGACAGCUAGGGCGUUUGUGUUCCACUCAACGCCCCAACCAACAGAACUGUAGUGCUUAAUUUCCCUCAAAGUAACAAACACAUGCAUAACAGCGAGAGCUCUUUGUAUCGUAUCUACAUACAUGGAGAAGACCAUCAAGUUCAGAUGGUCAGAUGAAAUUACAAUAAAAGAAUAGACACUGCGCGUAUAGAAAGGAUAUAGAGUUGGUUAUAUAAUUACGGUUAUAUGCUAACUACAUUCUAUGCUGGAGUCUUUACUGUCGGCAUAAGAGGGUUAACCAGACUAACAUAAUUUCUCACCAUAUGUCAUUGGUUUAAAUAAUGGGCUACAGCAACCUAGGUUUGGCGCUGAAUUAACGCUAUAGCGUGCUAAAUUAACGCUAAAUUGUACAUGACGCGUGUAGUGCGAGGUCCGUCCAAAUGCUAUAGCGACGGUGUAGCAUUGAAAUAGCGCACUAUUUAAAACUAUGCCAUAUGUUUUGGCGGUAGUGGGCCAAACGGGGUUACCAAUAAGGGAUGGGUUACUGUUUCCAUAUUCUUCUAUUAUAUGAGUUCAAAUUGGUCCUUAAUUUCAAUUUGAGAAUUUAAAACUACAAAGCCAACUAAACAACAAGAAUACUCAUAUUAUAUGAUACAUAAUUAAGGGUUAUAUACGUACCAACAUUUUCUUUUAUUUUUCAGUUUUAUAAAGAAAGCUAUAUUUCAAAAUAAAUUUAACUCAAAUAACAAAACAAUUCCAAUUUGAAUGGUACCUCAGAUUUUUAUUUUGAAGGAUCCCCUUAGAAAUAAUCACAGUAAAUGCAAGAUGGGACAUCUUGGAUACGGUCCUUCAAGGGUUUGAGCAAGAUUGCCAAAUGGGGACUUAUGGAUAGAUCUCCUAAUUAAAACAACAAGACAUAUGACCCAAUCGAUAGCGUCAAAACGGGCACACCACGUGUUUUCAAUGCAGUUGGUUGCUAGUAGAGAUGUACUACCUAAAAAUAAUAAAUGCAUGGUGUUCAUAUAUAUUGGUGCUCUGGCUCAAGCAGUUAACAAACACACAACACCGCCUUCAGAGAUAUACAACACAAUGGCAGCUCAAGCCCCGACAAUGGCAGUCCCUACGGACACCCAGCUGAUUCAGGCGCAGGCUGGCCUAUGGCGCCAUAGCCUGUGCCACCUCACAGCCAUAGCACUCAGGUGCGCCGUCCAGCUCGGUAUCCCUACUGCGAUUCACCGACUCGGCGUCAAGUUGCCUGAUCUUGUCACUGCACUGUCCCUCCCACCAUCUAAGACGCCAUACCUUGGCCAUGUCUUGCGGUUGUUGGCCACAUCAGGCGCCUUAGCGUCCCCUGAGGAGGGGACCUACACCCUCAUCCCGCUAUCAUACCUCCUGGUGGAUGGUGUAUUCAUUGAUGGUGAGGCCAGCCAGAAGGCCAUUGUGCUUGCCACGACCUCAAGACAUUACAUAGAUGCGGCCUUGGGGCUAGCUGACUGGUUCAAGAAGGACAUUGCACCACCGCCAUCACCAUUUGAAGAUGUGCAUGGUGCCACACUCUUCGAGGAGAGUAUGGCGCUCCUAGACCCAGAGUCAGACAAGGUGUUCCAUGAAGCUUUGGCUGCCCAUGACCAUUUGGGGAUCAACACCAUAUUGCGGGAAUGCCAUGACUUAUUCAAGGGGGUGCAGUCACUCACAGACUGUUGUGGUGGUGAUGGAACGACAGCUAGGGCUAUUGUCAAGGCCUUCCCGCAUAUCAAGUGCAAUGUGUUGGACCUUCGGAAGGUGAUCGAGAAAGUCCCAAGUGAUGGUAUAGUUAACUAUGUCGCUGGUGACCUAUUCCAUACCAUUCCACCUGCUCAAGCUGUGAUGCUUAAGCUUGUUCUGCACUUCUGGAGCGAUGAAGAUUGCAUCAAUAUCCUGGCUCAAUGCAAGAAGGCCAUUCCGUCCCGCGAAAUGGGGGGAAAGGUUAUUGUCAUAGAUAUAGUAGUCGGCUCAUCAUCCAAAGAAAUGUUAGAAACCCAACUGUUGGUGGAUAUGCUCAUGUUGGUAUGUACAAGAGGACGGCAACGCGAUGAAAAUGACUGGAGCACAAUCUUUACAAAAGCAGGAUUUAGCGACUAUAAAAUCAUCAAGAAACUGGGACCUCGAGGUGUCAUCGAGGUAUAUCCAUAAGAUUGUGUGCCAAGUGCCUCGAUGGUGUGGGCUAUGCUUAAUGUUGUGAGUUUGAUAUUGAUGGUGUGCUAUAAGUAAAUAAGGGCAAUGCCUAAGUUUGUAACGAAAAAUCUAAGGGAACAUAACUAGCUAAAGCGAUAUGCCGGCUUGGCCACAUCAGGGCAUAUAUAUGUAACUUUAGUUUCAAUAAAGUGUUGAAGUCACUUGGUGUGAGUUUUAUGGGUGUAUGUAUGUGCCAUGGUUGUAUAUGCUCCGACAAGCUAAAACUGUUAUGUUCGGUUAUCUUCCGGCAUGUGUAUAACUUCAUUUAACCAGAAUAGUUGUUCGAUGAAAAAAAGACGAUGAAUAAUGUGGUGGGCUAGUGUCAUCCAUGGCACCACAUGUUUAUGGAUUGCGAGUGCAAGCUCCAUCAACAUCGGAGACCAUAGGGUUCCCUCCAUACCACCGCCUUGGUCCCCCUCUUAUCUCAUGUCUGGCAGCCUCGUUAAAGCUAGGGGAGUGGGUACCCGCUUUUUCGUAGAUUUUAGUCCUUGCAUGUCCUCGUGUUUCUCUUAAACUUUGUUCCUGUGGUGGCAUCAACUAGAUGGUGGCGACGAUGGCAUGUUGGACUAAAGUCUCUUCGGUUUCUUCCUACAUCAAUGAUGUUUGAUCCGCACCCGCCAAAGGGGGUUAGGAUCCUCUGCUGUAGCGCAGCGUGCAGUACGGUCGCUGUCAUGUGGACCCGGUCCCAUGUGUCAUCCGCACUACAGCACGGUACAGUACUGCAGAGUAUCUCAACCCUGCCAAAGGGCAAGUGAGGGUAGAUGCUGCCAGAUUUAUUGGCUCUAUUUGGAUCUUGGUAGUUGGUGUGCCCAUCAGGAGAAGUAGUUGGCUGGAUUUUAGUGUUGCGACUUCGAAUUCUUCUUUUGUUUUGUUCAGCGGCAAGAUUCGGUUUCUCCAACCCUUUGGAUUGAUGGUGAAGAAUUGCAAGCAUGUGCUGCUUGGGGUGCUUGUCCAGCUGAUGUUCGUUCAACGGUUACCAGAUCUCGUUAUUCGCAGUGAGUGACUAUAGCGUCUUCAAAGUCUUGUAUGGUGGGAGUGUAGCAGAUGUCCCUUUCCUUGCUAUUUGUUUAGUAAGUUUCAUGCUCUGGUAGGCGGAUAACAAUCAAAGGAAGACGACAAAUGUGAUUUUCGAGGUAACUUUACUUUCUACAAGUCGUUUUGUGAUGAGUUGUCAUUCCUUUGUAUGAACUCUUGUUUUCCUUGAUAAAUAUCGGGUAUAGGAUACAUAUCAGCACUUUGGAUAUCUUCUCGAAAACAAAAAACCAAAGGCCAUAAAGGUGCAUAUUUUUGCAACACAUGUGUCUAAAACACACAUACUUGAAACUGUGAGGUUGCUCACGCAAUUAUCUCUUUUUUUCAUUUUGUCCCCUAGAUGUCAUCGGUUGAAAUUCAGUAUGCUCACUCGACGCAUACGCCGGCCAGACAUGCAUGCAGCAUACUUCCUCCGUUCCUAAAUGUAAGUCUUUUAAAGAUUCCACUAUAGAAACUACAUUCGGAUGUAUAUAGACGCCUUUUAGAGUAUUGAUUCAUUCAUUUUGCUCCGUAUGUAGUCUAUAGUGAAAUCUUUUAAAAGAGAGUUAAAUACCCCAUAGCUGCCUUAACUUGUCCGCUGCGAUCAGUUUAGUGCCCAAACUUGCAAAAUACAUAAAAGUAGUGCUAUAACUUGUCGCAUAGUGCAUAUACGGUACCUCCGUCCAUAUACAGUGGUAAUAUUUUCUUACAUAUUUUUUUUAAACAGGGAAAAUAAUAUCAAAAAAUUAAACAUGAAAUUGAAAAA